GAGCGGAGGUUGAAUCCAUUGAUUUUUUUUGACGAUGUAACCCAUUUUUUGUAAGGAUACGGUUACAGUUUGAAUGAAAAACCCUUCAUUUUGUGCAUAACCAUCGCAAGAAGGGCUUAUGUGCUCCUCGCCGCUUGAUUUCCGACUCGGGGUGCUCAGUGUUGCCGGGGUAGAGUCCGUUUUAGCUGCACUGCAUCAACAUGGGUGUGAUCGGUGUGCAGCUGGUGGUUACCAUGGUAAUGGCCAGUGUAAUUCAGAAAAUCAUACCUCAUUAUUCUUUCGCAAGAUGGCUACUCUGCAGUGGCAGUCUGCGGUGGUAUCAGCACCCUACGGAAGAUGAGUUGAGGAGCUUAGCUGGGAAACAAAAAGGACAGAAGAGGAAAGACAGGAAGUACAAUGGUCACAUAGACAGCAAGCCACUAACAGUUCCCAAGGACAUAGAUUUACAGCUGGAGACAAAAAGCAUCACAGAAGUCGACACAUUAGCGUUGCACUACUUCCCAGAGUUCCAGUGGCUGGUGGACUUCACUGUGGCAGCGACCGUGGUCUACCUGAUAACAGAACUGUACUACAGUGUGGCUAAGCCCUCAGCAGAGAUGAACAUCAGUGUGGUCUGGUGCCUACUUGUACUCGCCUUUGUCAUUAAGACCCUUUUCUCUCUAACGGCCCACUACUUCAAGCUGGAGGAAGGAGGCGAGCGCUCACUCUGCAUCACUUUUGCAUUCUUCUUUUUUGUCAAAGCCAUGGCCAUUCUCAUCGUCACUGAAAACUACCUGGAGUUUGGUCUGGAGACAGGCUUUGCAAACUUUUCUGACAGCGCUCAACAGUUUCUGGAGCACCAGGGCCUGGAGUCCCAGGGUCCCAUAUCUAAGCUCACCUUCAAGUUGAUCCUGGCCUUGCUCUGCUCCCUGAUUGGAGCAUUUCUAACUUUCCCUGGUCUACGAUUGGCCCAGAUGCACCUAGAUGCACUCACUCUAACCACAGCCAAAUUUACACAGACUCUGCUUCAUAUCAACUUCCUGUCCCCUCUCAUCAUGGUCCUGCUGUGGGUAAAGCCUAUUACCAAGGACUAUAUAAUGAACCCCACCCUGGGAAAGGAGAGUGUGCCUUUGAUGACUGAACAGACAUAUGAUACUUUGCGGCUGUGGGCCAUCAUACUGAUGUGUAUGCUCCGGCUCGCCAUGAUGAGACAUCACUUGCAGGCCUACCUCAACCUGGCCCAGAAGGGUGUGGACCAGAUGAAGAAGGAGGCGGGACGGAUAAGCACCGUUGAACUGCAGAAGAUGGUUGCACGUGUUUUUUACUACUUGUGCGUAAUCGCACUACAGUAUGUGGCACCCCUGGUGAUGCUGCUACAUACAACUUUGCUGCUAAAAACUUUAGGUGGUCACUCCUGGUGGGUCUAUCCUGAAGAAGACCUACCUUGCAUCCAGGAAAUGAACUCUGACUCUGUGAUGAAGGAAGCACCAGCAGCGGCUCCGACACUCGCUUCGGUGAUAGAAACAGGAGCCCGGGCGUCGGUGGCCCAGCUGUCGAUGGCUCUGGGAGGCCUAAAGACUGUUUUCACCCCCUUACUUUUCCGGGGCCUCUUCUCCUUCUUCACUUGGUGGAUCGCCGCCUGCCUCUUCUCCACCUCUCUCUUUGGCCUCUUCUACCAUCAGUAUCUCAUGGCGGCAUAGCAUCACCAACCCAACAGUCGCAUCAAAGACCCCCACAGUGCUGCCGUGUGUUCGGCCUGAUCAGAAAGGACUGAGUGGGGGCAACAGAGGCCUACUGAAGAAUCUGCUCCUAAACCCUCUCCCUCCCUCCCUCCCUCCCUCCGACCACCUCACAAUGACUGAUCAUAUCAUCAGAGCUCCGGGUUCACCUUCCAGUGCUUCCUCCACAGAUGACUGUGAACUCUCGUCAUUGUUUUUACUUCUACGACCACCACUUUUUAUUUGGGCGAGCAAGAUUUAUAGACCUCACUAAGAGACAGUAUGAGCUAGAGGAGUAUUUAACAUUGUCAGCGGGAAUGAAAAUUUCAUCCAGGUUUCUGUGGGAAAAAUUUGAAUGAAGUAAAAUACAGAGAUACUGAUUACAAUUAAUUCUACAUGUUGAGACGACGCCAGGCAGUUCCACUCGGUUCCGCCGUAUGUACAGGAGCCAGUGGGGAGAGAGUAAUAGUUAUAUGUUCACAAACGAGCCCGUGCAAUGAGUUUAAUCCAUCAGCAUCUUCAGAUCUGUGAUAUCCGUUAGUUUCGAAAACCACAAAUGCAGCUUCUUUACAGCUUCAUGCAUGUCAGGAGUUUGAUUUUAUGAUGUUUUUAAAUUCCUUUUGUUGUAAGUGGAGGCUAAUUCCCCUUUAAUGUUGGCAACGAAUUACACCACAGAGCUUUUUACUUAGCGUGACUGGAUACCAGCUGUUUGAAGUCACACAUGUUCCAGUUCAUGUCCAUGUCCUCAGCGACUGUAAAGAAGCUACAUUUAGACAGAAUAUCACUGAAUCUGGGUUUUUUUUUUCUAGAAGCUAAUAUGUGACUUCAUAUUAGCCUAAAAUCCAUUUUUUUCCCCCCUUGUUUUAAUUAAAUUAUGGGGAUACUGACAACUGCCAUACAUGGGCCCCAUGCUUGUCUGUCAAUUUAAAAUAUGUGGGGGUUUGUUUUGUUCGGCCUGUUUUUCUUAAAUGUCUCAAGUGUCUGAGAGUCUUAACAUUUUGCAGUAAGUACCAGUGAGUCUUUUUUUUAUAUGUAUGUAUAAUCGGGAGGAGGGAGAGGCGGCCUGUGGGUACUUCCAGGCUGGUUGAGAAGAGCUGUGAGCCAACCAGGGUUAUAGAGUGGACGAGAAGAGCCGCACUCGCCGGGGGGGAGCUGAAGGAGAUGUUAAACUCAUGGGGAGACAUCUUCAUUGACUUGAAGCUGAUGUAUUUAAAAAAAUUGUCUAACUGAACUUGCCAUAGAGGACAACAACUUCCAUGACGAAACGAAAGGCGUUCCAAUAGAUAUGUGAUGUUUUCAUUUGCAUUGUUCAACUUCCUGGUUUUAACUGAGCCAUUCUUUUAGAAGCUAUGGGAGAAUUCUAGGCAGCGUUCAAAGGGGAGGACAGCGGCGUGCGGGGCUCAGCCGACGUAUGCGUCCAGGAUGUGUGCCGUUGGUGAGCUGCGAUGUGAAAGGGCAUUGUGAUCAAGAGGAGACGACGUCAACUACUGUUGAUAGACCACCGCCUUUAUGUUCUACUUUCCAUUGUUCUUUUUUUUUUAACCCAUCCUUUGCUUUUAAACCCAUUCGAGAACAAUCUUUUGUUUGUUUGUAUUCUUUUUCUAACAGAUUAAAUUGUGUAAAAGUUUUGAUUUUAAAAUGGUGCCAAGUGAGUGUGCUCCCCCUCCCCCUCCGUCUCGACGGCUGUAGGUUUGAUGCGUGCUAGUGAUCGAAAACUGGACUUACAACUCUGCGGCCUUCUGUUUUUGUUUUUUUGGUUUUCCUGUACAUCCAUCUUGAUAAAGAGGGACUCAGUAGUUCCGGUUCACAAAAGGACAUAUUUACUGUGUCUUUAGCAUACUGUAAUUCUUUGGUGGGCAAAUGUACGCACAAACAGUCAUUGUGCUGGUGGCGCACCGGCCAAUGUGAUUGUCCAGUCUAUUCAGGAAUGUAGGGUACAUGGUGCCAGAUUAAUUACACAUCACACAAUCCCGCGUGGUUCUCUGGCAUGUCAUUUCAUCAUUACAUUUCUAUACAACGGAGCUGUAAAUUUCUAAAUUCCGGCUCUCGAGUUUUGUACAGAACACGUUUUACUAAGUCCAGCAGCACCAUAUCAACAUUUCUAAGCUCCUGAUGUCGAAAGUCUUAGCUUUAGUUUGUGUCCGUUUGAAAUGAGGAGGAAUAUGCACAUAAUGAAUGUAUCAAUCCUGCCUAAUUUCUAGAUUGUUUUCUUGAAAAUGAUUUGUACGGUGAGUUGAUUUAACACUCCCAUCCCCCCCCUUAUCUUGAACUCUCCACUUGUCUAAUACCAUCUGUUAAAUCUGCCUCUCAAACUAAAUCUAACUUGUCCUAAUGACUAUUUUUUAUUGAUUAAUCUGUCUUUUUUUUGUAUUUAUUACACAUGCAGAGGCCUGUAAACAUUUCUAAUUUUAAUAGCACCCCUGUUUGUUUUUUUUCUGAGUGCAUGAUGGCUAAAAAAAUCAGUUUUGAAAAUGUGUUUGACAAAUCAGUUACAGAUGAACUUUUCUUCGAAGGAGCGAUCCGGUGAGUUGAGGAACAGCUGGGAUACUUUCAGAAUUCAUUUGUUUCUUCAGUUUGUUACCACUGAAAGUGUUUAUUAUUCAUUGUUGGGUUCACAAAGUAAACUUCACAAAUUGUUGUUCUUUCAUGUAUUUAUUUCUGCUUUAGAUUUUGUCUUAAAUAAAUUAUGUUCUUUA